AAAAAUGGUAAAGCCAAAAUCCGUGACACAUAUUAAAAUCGCAAUUUGUGGUAAUCCAAACACUGGAAAGAAGACUUUUGGUGCCACUUUCCAUCAUCGUGAAAUUAUGGAUAAGAAGGAUGAAAACUCCAACCGAUACACCAUUUCCAACGACUGUCUCGAUAUUGAAUUUUUGUAUAUACAACCAUCAGCAGGAUCUUCCUUUGAAGAUGUUCAACCAGAGGAUAUACCUUGGUAUGAUAUUGAUGCCUUCAUUCUCUUUUUCUCCGUUGAUGAAAUGAACAGUUUCUCCCAAAUGCAAGUCUUCCACAAAUCCUUCGAUGUUCUCCAACAAGAAGAGAAGAAUACCUACGGAUUACUCAAGCCAUGUAUUUGUAUUGGUAAUAAGUGUGAUAUUGCAGACAUUGUGAGAGAGGUUCCUUUGGCCACUGCAAUCAAAUUUAGUGAUAGUUCAAGUGCUCCUUAUUUUGAAACAAGUGCCAAGACUGGAAAGAACGUCUCUGCUGUGAUUGAAGAUUUAAUUAAACAAAUUUUGAGAUAUAGGAAACAAAAGGAACUUUUGAAUACUCAAAAGAAUACUAAACAAGGAGGUACUCCAACAGGACAACAAAAGAAGACUUCAUUCUUUAGAAGUAGGCGAGAUGUUGAAGAUGAUGAUUUGUUCAACUCUAAUGCUUAAUUGUAAUUAUAAAUUUUAUAUUUUCUUAUG